AAAAAAAUCCCGCCAGCGCGAAACAGAUGGGAAGGCAUCCGCGGAAUUUGCGACCGUUACCGUCCAGUGAAUAACCGUCAAAACUUAACGGACACCGACAAGAAGUUGAGCUCGUCCGGAAGACUUCUGGACUGAGAACUUGAGGACAUUUCACGCUUGUUCACGACUGGAAAAGGGCAGGUGGGCCAUGCCAUUCGGCUGUUUAAAACCUGGGGAGAAGAAGGACUACAACAGUCCUACAGAAAUCACAGACAAAUAUGAUCUGGGGCAAAUUGUUAAAUCGGAGGAGUUCUGUGAGAUAUUCAGGGCGAAAGAUAAAAACACACUGAAAAUGUACACCUGCAAAAAAUUCCUGAAGAAAGAUGGAAGAAAGGUGCGGAAGGCUGCCAAAAAUGAGAUUGUCAUCCUAAAGAUGGUCAAACACCCCAACAUUCUCCAGCUGGUGGAUGUAUAUGAGACCCGGAAAGAGUACUACCUCUUCUUGGAGCUAGCCACAGGUCGGGAGGUGUUCGACUGGAUUCUGGAUCAAGGCUAUUAUUCCGAGAGGGACACCAGUAAUGUUAUCAGACAGGUGAUGGAGGCGGUGGCGUACCUGCACAGCCUGAAGAUCGUCCACAGGAACCUUAAGCUUGAGAAUCUGGUGUACUACAACCGACUGAAACAUUCGAAAAUAGUCAUCAGUGAUUUCCAUCUGGCAAAACUGGAGAAUGGACUCAUCAAGGAGCCCUGUGGAACCCCUGAGUAUCUGGCCCCAGAGGUUGUUGGAAGACAGAGAUAUGGUCGACCUGUGGACUGCUGGGCCCUUGGUGUGAUCAUGUACAUACUGCUCUCUGGAAAUCCUCCAUUUUACGAUGAAGCAGAUGAUGAUGACUAUGAAAACCAUGACAAAAACCUCUUCCGGAAGAUUCUUGCUGGAGAUUAUGAGUUUGACUCACCUUACUGGGAUGAAAUCUCAGACUCUGCUAAAAACUUAGUGUCACGUCUUAUGGAGGUGGACCAGGACCAGAGACUGACUGCACAAGAAGCCAUCAACCAUGAAUGGAUAUCAGGAAAUGCUGCAUCAGACAAGAACAUCAAAGAAAACGUGUGCGCUCAAAUUGAGAAGAAUUUCGCCAAAGCAAAGUGGAAGAAAGCGGUGCGGGUCACAACCAUGAUGAAGCGUCUCCGGGCACCAGAGAAUCAGACAGCAGCAGCAACAGCACCUGCAGCAGAAGCUGCUGCAGCAUCUCCCAGUGAAGCCGAUCCUGCAGCUGGAGCUCAGGAAACCCCUCAAGCUGCAUCAGAGGCCUCCACAGCCCCGUCCAGUACUGCUGAAAGCCUCUCGGCAAGCAUAGAAGUCCCUGCCGUGGAACCUGCCAAUGCAGAAGCAGCGAGCGCAGCCGUCCAGCCGCCAGCUGAGCCUGUUGUCCACGUCCCAGAGCCCGAACAGCCCGUUCCCACAUCACGAUGCAACGGAGAGGCUUCAGCUUUGGACACAGUGGAGGAGCAGAGCGGCUAAUCUUGCUAACUCUACCACCCUGGGUUAGACCCACACACACACAUGUACAUAUGCAGCAAGCAUGCUAAUACUGAAGAUUCCGCAGCACAUAGCAUUAAACACGCUCUCUCACGAGCCGACAAUUUCCCAGCAUACAUCUGUUUUCUAUUGAAUCACAAAGCUGUGACGCAACGGCUCCGGCCACUUUAUGUAAAA